AUGGCGACUCGAAUUCUACCAUUGGAAUUGAUUGACAAAGCCAUUGGAUCCCAAAUGUGGAUCUUAUUGCGGGGGACGAAAGAGGUUGUUGGGACCUUGAGGGGCUUUGAUGAUUAUGUCAAUCUUGUGCUGGAUGAUGCCGUGGAAUACACACCUGAUCCAGACGAUAAGACCAAGGUCAUCAAGACCAAGUUGGAAACUGAAAUUUUGCUCAAUGGAAAUCAAAUUGCUAUUCUAAUUCCAAACGGAUCGGGGCCACCAGAAGAUUCAUUAGCGGCACAAUCGGGAUAG